AUGUAUCAGCCUGAUGGAUUUGUGGAUCAAGACAAACCCGACUACAUGUGCAAACUAACCAAAGCCCUCUAUGGCCUUAAACAAGCACUUAGAGCUUGGUUUGACACUUUUAGUAACUUUCUGAUUGAUUUUGGGUUUGUCUGCAGCACAUCUGAUCCAUCGUUGUUCACGUACAGCAGAGAUAACAACUUCAUGGUCCUUCUCCUGUAUGUGGAUGACAUACUUCUUAUUGGUAAUACUGUGGGUAUUCUUCAAAAGUUGGUUGAUGCGUUGUCUGAAAGGUUCAGUAUGAAAGAUAUGGAGACACCCACGUAUUUUCUUGGCAUUGAGAUGCAGACUCUUCCUGACGGGGUCUUCCUUCAUCAAACGGCGUAUGUCAAAGAGAUUCUUCACGCUGCUGCUAUGUCUGACUGCAAUCCAAUGCCAACUCCAUUACCUCAGAGAAUAGAAGAAAUGGAUACUACGCUGUUUGAAGAUCCUACUUACUUCAGGAGUUUGGCAGGGACUGCUACGUUUGGUAUGUACAUUAAGAAGAGCUCAGACCUCACUCUGAUGGCAUAUUGCGAUAGUGAUUGGUCGGGAUGCCCUGAAACAAGGAGGUCUACAACUGGGUUCUGCACAAUCCUUGGUUCAAACUUGGUGUCUUGGUCUGCAAAGCGACAGGAAACUGUCUCCCGCUCAUCAACUGAAGCAGAGUACAGGGCAUUAGCAUAA